UAAAAACUUGUCAGUACUAGGAAGUAGCCAAGGACACUGGCGACAAUGAUUUGAAGGCAAGGUAGAAGUGUGAAACCUAUCCUAGAUGGAAUAUCUUUGGAGGAGUUGAUGAUGAUGAUGAUGAUGAUGAUGAUGAUAAAAAUGACAAGAAGACUUUAACACAAAAGCGCUUCAGAGCCGUGGGCGGGCACUGUUCAGAGAUCAGAGAACUUUUGGCCAAUCAAUGGAGCUCGUUUGUUCACCUGUCCCUUAGUGCCUGAACGAGGAAGGGUGGGGGGGGAUAAACCCCUCCAGGCAGCCUUGUCUUCCUGAGCUGGCAUCUUGAUGUUUAAGAGACUUUUCUACUGUACAAAUAUGGACUUGGAGGAGCAAAACGUGCCAUCAGCAACAGACACGACAUCGCUUAAACUUUCUCCCAUGCCUACAUCACCAAGUGUGACAUCAGAUGAAAAUAGUCAAGAUGCUGAACAGAAAGGUGGCUGGGAGAUAAUGGAAAGCCUACAAGAGCCAAAGGGCAAUGUGCAGAAACCAAACAAGCAAGAAGGCUUCCUGCUGAAGAAGAGAAAGUGGCCGAUGAAAGGCUGGCACAAGAGAUAUUUUAUUUUGGAAGGGGGGAUCCUAAUGUACGGCAAAACAUUAGCUGAUCUGAAGAAGGGGAAACUCCGCGGCCGCAUUGACGUUGGUCUCUCUGUCAUGUCCAUCAAGAAAAAGACCAUGUGUAUUGAUCUGGACACAGAGGACAGCAUUUACCAUCUAAAGGUAAAGUCACGGGAUCAUUUUGAUGAAUGGGUGUCACAGCUACGAAAUCACCGCAUAUUCCGUCAGAAUGAGAUAGUAAUGGAUCCUCAAGAGCACCAUCUACACUCAGACUCUGCCUCACUCAGAAGGCGAGCUGUUCUUUCUAAACAACCAUCUGUCCUAUCAAAGAACAGUUGGCUACAGAGCUCAGAAGACAUGAAGAAAUGCUGUAGAGAUCUGUCAGAGUGUGAAUCAUCUCUGCUAGAACUAAAUCUGCUGUUGAAGAAUAUGGAAGUAUUGCAUCGCACUUUCUCUGCCCCUGCUAUAAACACAUUGCAGACUGAAGGUCCCAAGAAAGAAAAGAAAAGAACAAGGAGAUGGAGGUCCAAACAUUACAGAAAAAAUAGCAAAAACAUCAUACAGGUUCCUGGCUCACCUUCAUCUGCUCAUCUGCAUGUUUCAAACCCAAACCUGACAUAUUCUGAGCCUUGUUGUCCAGAGUCACAUCUAGACACGCCAGAUUCACCCAUUGAUGCCUCGCAGUUACAGGAGGACUUCUGUAGGAUGGCCAGUACUAUGUGUGCCACCUUGAAAUCUGCAUACACUUCUCUAUGUACAGAGAGAGACAGAGUUAGAUGCACUCUGGAAUUAAAGAGCAUUCCUGAUAAGGACAUGACUGAUGGGCCGCCCCAGCACCUCCUGCAACAGGUGUCAAAUGAAAUGCGAGGCUCAAUCCCUGAGUCGCUGUCAGAGUUUUUUGAUGCGAAAGAGUACCUGCUUUCUUCCAGCUCCUCUGAGAAUGAGGUCUCGGACAAUGACUCCUGCUUAAGUGAUGUGAGUGAUAAUAUUUCAGUGGAGCUCUGCAGUAGCGAGGGAGGGAUUGAGAAGGACAACACAGACAGAAGCAUGGUACAACGGCGCAUAAGGCUACCAAGUGCAUGUGUCAGUGGGGGUGUGAAUGUGUGGAGCAUUCUCUCAGCCAACAUUGGGAAGGACCUCUCCAAGGUGGCCAUGCCAGUGCAGCUCAACGAGCCAGUCAACACACUGCAGAGACUCUGUGAGGAGAUGGAGUACUGUCACCUUCUGGACACAGCUGCACACACGCAGGACCCACAUAUGCGGAUGGUGUACGUGGCAGCAUUUGCAGUGUCUGCGUAUGCAUGUACUUUUACCAGAGCGGGGAAAAAACCCUUCAACCCUGUACUGGGAGAGACAUAUGAGUGUGAGCGUCCAGAAAAGGGCUUCCGCUUCAUCUCCGAGCAGGUAAGCCACCACCCUCCUGUGUCUGCAUGCCACUGCGAAUCCAAAAGCUUCACACUUUGGCAGGAUGUCCGUUGGAAGAACAAAUUUUGGGGCAAGUCCAUGGAGAUUGUCCCAGUAGGAACCACCCAUAUAGUGUUGCCAUGUUUUGGGGAUCAUUACGAGCUGAAUAGGGUUACUUCCUGUAUCCAUAACCUCUUAAGUGGUCAGCGCUGGAUAGAACACUAUGGUGAGAUGACAAUCAAAAACACAGCGACUAUAGAAGACAGCAGCAUCUGCAAAGUUACCUUCCUUAAGUCCAAGUCUAGAAGUUUAAACACUAAUGAUGUAGAAGCGGUGGUUACUGAUGCAGAGGGGCAUGUGGUUCACUCACUCUUUGGUAAAUGGAAUGAGGCCUUGUACCUUGGGGACCCACCCUCAGCCAUCUGCAUCUGGAGAGCCAACCCCAUGCCCGAGGACUAUGAGCAAUACUAUGGGUUCACUCAAUUUACUAUUGAACUGAAUGAGUUGAAUGAGAGCAUAAGACCAUUCUUGCCUCCAACAGAUACACGUUUCAGACCAGACCAGAGGUUGCUGGAGGAAGGAGAUGCUACUGGAGCAGAAGAACAGAAAGAAAGGAUAGAGUCACUGCAGAGGGAGAGAAGGAGAUUACUGCAAGAGAACAACACGACUCACUCACCCCGAUUUUUCAAGUGGUCUGAAGAUGACUCAUGGAUCAGCAAUGGCACUUAUUGGCACUUGAGGGAAAACCCUGGCUUCAGCAAACUGGAGUUCCCUGUGCUCUGGUGACCAGACUGGGACUUUCCUAUCAUUACUGUGGUUUUUUCUAAGACCAAAUAUGUUUUUUAUUCUGCUACAAAGACAAGGGUCUGAUACUUACUGCUGACUAGCCUUGUUUGGCUUUUUUAAUUACAAUGAUACGUUUCCAUUUACUUUGCACAAAUACCAUAGAGAAACCUUAUGUCAAAAAUCAUACUGUUGUUUGUGUACAAAUAUUGCUUUUUUUUCUGCAUACAGGCAUUCAUACAAUUUUUUUACAGUUGCUGUGAAAAAGAACCACAAGUUUAUUGGUGCCAUCAGCACUGUGGUUUCCUAAUGGAGAGAAUUACUGCUGGGUGAUAUCAGUGGCUACACCAUCACAAAUUCAUUCAAAGAUGUCUUCAUAAUACAGUGACUUUCACAUAAUUUACCAAUAAUAUACUGCUGCACUUUCAAAUGAUGUUAUGUGUGAGUUUGUUUGUGUUUGUGAGGUCUAAGUCAUCUAAAUGUAACAAGAGAUCAAUAGGUAUGUCAGUGCCAUCAAGGUCAUUUUGUUGCUUCAGCGAUUCUACAUGCCUGAAAACACAAAAAUAUUGAAGCAAUAAAAAUGCAAUGUCUUGCAUUUUGUAUUA